AAAAAAAAAAGAACCAUUUGCAAAUUGCAAAAACGUCCUUUCUCCAGUUCUCCUCCCCUGAGCUUCUCCCAACAAGAACACCCACUUGCUCUCUUCCCCUCUCUCUCUCGCCCCUCGAAUUCUGGCGGCGAAGCGUACAUGGACAAAGCGGAGGAGGGCCAGUCUUCGGAGCCCGCCGAUUCCGCGGCACCAGCCCAGGAUGACAGUGUGCAAACUGCAUCUGGGCAUAAUUCGCGAAGGCCAAACCUUUCUUUGCAAAUACCAGCUAGGACCCUGGAUAACCAAAUAGGCACUUCAGCGAGAAUUAAUAUAUCCCCUAGCCCCAGCUCAACGAGAGCAGGAUUGCCCCCGAGGCCUAAUUCAACUAGAACAAAAUCUUCUCUGAAGAGCAUCAUUCCGCAACAGAGUUUCAGGGCGAGAAGUUCAGCACAGGAAGGUGAUCGGGCGAUCCUUCUGGUUCCUGGGACACCAUCAGAAGGGCAGCAGGAUAAUACAUCAACGUUGAGAUCAUUUUCUUUUAGAAAAGUCAUAAACUCAUUAUCCGCAAAACGUACACAUUCUUUGCCAGUCACACCUAUAGCAACUUCAGACAAAACUUCUUCUCCGGCAAAUCAGAUCAACAACCUACCAACCACAGAUGAUCAAGAUGUUCAAGCAAGAAUUAGGCGCUCACUUUCAGUACCAGGAAAUCGUAAAAACAGGAGUUUGAGGAGGGCGGAUUCAUUAGGUGUCAUCCGUGUGAUUCCAACAACUCCCCGACCUAUCCCAGUUAAUACAACUGCAUCAAGUGAUGGGAUUGAGGAGACAGUGGAUGUUCCUGGAGAUGGAGGCAAAGAUAUCCCUGAAGAAGAGGCAGUCUGCAGAAUUUGUCUAGUUGAACUAAAUGAAGGAGGGGAAACACUUAAAAUGGAGUGCAGCUGCAAAGGGGAACUUGCUCUUGCACACCAAGACUGCGCUGUCAAAUGGUUUAGCAUCAAGGGAAACAAGAUAUGUGAUGUUUGUAAGCAAGAAGUUCAAAAUUUGCCUGUCACUUUGUUGAGAAUACCAACUCAAACUGCUAAUAGGCGAGUAACAAAUGGUGCUCAUCAAAGAGCCUCUCAACAAUACAGAUUUUGGCAGGACAUUCCAAUUUUGGUCAUGGUUAGCAUGCUUGCAUACUUCUGCUUCUUGGAACAACUUCUGGUUACAGAUUUGCUGUCACACGCACUGGCAAUUUCGUUGCCUUUCUCAUGCGUGUUGGGCCUCCUUUCUUCCAUGAUAGCAUCCACCAUGGUAACCAAGAGUUAUCUAUGGGCCUAUGCUUCGUUCCAGUUUGCUAUUGUGAUACUGUUUGCUCAUAUCUUCUACAAUGUGUUAAAAGUAAAUCCAGUCCUUGCGGUCCUACUAUCCUCAUUCACUGGGUUUGGGAUUGCUAUCAGUGCGAACUCAAUGCUAGUGGAAUACUUGAGGUGGAGAUCUAGGAGGAAUCAACAGCUAGCUCAAACUGUCGAUGAUGGUCAGCGACAAGAACCUGGAAGUAAUGCUGUAAAUGAAAACAAUGGUGAUAGACAGCAAGCGCAGCAUCGAGAAUCUGGAGAUAACAUUGUAUGACAAUUCAGAUUAAGAAGCGCAAUGAAUGUGAAUAGCUAGCUUUGAUAUGUUCAGUAGGUUUAGCUCGUCGAACUUCAGAAUCACCUAUGCAAGAAUAGGAAACAUGGAGCAAAUUUCCAAUGGCGACAGCAUAAGAUGAUAAGAGGCUAUGUGACAAGUGAGAACAUGGAGAAUGCGGCGGAUAUAGUUAGGCAACACAGAGAGCUGAACCAAACUAUCCAUUGUACACGGUAUUAAUUUAGCAGUUUGACAUCAUAAGGUGUGGUUUGUUCAGUGUAAGUUUAGUAGUUCUGGUCGUCUGGUAUUACAAAAUUACAUCACGAAAGUGAGUGCAGCUAGUGGCUAGCCAUACAGAUAUAUAUACAGGUAUAGGUAUGUGAAAUACAGUUAUACCAGCUUUUACAGUUCUGUAGUCUGUGUGAGGAGAAAUGUGAAGGCAGAGAAUUUUAGAUAAUGACAUAUUUCAGAGUUCUGAACUUAGAAAUUAUUCGGGUAAAAAAAUAGAGAAGAACUGUAUGCAGUGCGUGGGGAUUGAAUUGAAAUGAAAUAUGGAAAUGAUGUUCGCUUCAAAGUAA